AAAUUAAAAAAGCAUAUGAGUUACCUGUAGGACUAGGGAACAUUUAUGCAAUUUCACUUCAACUAUCACACCGAAAGCUAAGUAACCGACACUUUUCGGAGCUCCAAACGUAGUUUCAAAUGUUCGGAGAUUACUGCUGUUGUUUCUUUCCGGGUCGGAGCUCCGACUCAGUUAACGAUGUUGUAGCUGAUAGAGACCCGGUUUUGUUGGUUUCGGGUCUUGCCGGGUCAAUUCUCCAUUCUAAGAGCAAGAAACUUGUUGGUUGCGAAACCCGAGUUUGGGUCCGAUUACUCCUUGCUGAACUUGAGUUUAAAAAAAAGUUAUGGUCCAUUUACAAUCCUAAAACAGGGUAUACAGAGGCAUUGGAUGAUAGCACAGAAAUAGUAGUGCCACAAGAUGAUUAUGGACUAUAUGCCAUUGACAUUUUGGAUCCUUCAGUGAUGGUGAAGUGUGUACACUUGAGCGGUGUAUACCAUUUUCAUGAAAUGAUUGAUAUGCUUGUCGAAUGUGGAUAUAAAAAGGGGACUACGUUAUUCGGUUUUGGUUACGACUUCCGCCAAAGCAAUAGGAUUGACAAGGCAAUGAAUGACCUGAAAUCAAAGCUGGCUGCAGCUUAUAAAGCUUCUGGGGGAAGAAAAGUCGAUAUUAUUUCGCACUCCAUGGGUGGAUUGUUAAUCAAAUGUUUCAUUUCUCUUUAUAGUGAUGUAUUUUCCAAGUAUGUGAAGAAGUGGAUUGCCAUUGCCUCUCCCUUUCAAGGUGCUCCUGGAUGCAUUAAUGAUUCUCUCUUAACUGGAGUGCAGUUCGUUGAUGGAUUUGAAAGCAACUUUUUCGUGUCAAGGUGGACCAUGCAUCAAUUGUUGGUUGAGUGCCCGUCGAUCUACGAGAUGUUGCCAAAUCCUGAUUUCAAGUGGGAAAAGCAACCUGAAAUUUUGGUGUGGAGGAAGAAAUCUAAGGAUGGGAAUACAGUGGCUGAAUUAGAACGUUAUGAUGCUAGCACAAGUGUGACUCUCUUUAAGGAAGCGUUGAAGAGCAAUGAGCUCAACUUAAAUGGUAAAACAGUGGCUCUACCUUUCAACUUAUCAAUUCUUGAUUGGGCAGCUAGUACUCGCAAAAUUUUAAAUGAUGCUCAAUUGCCGAAAGGAAUUCCUUUCUAUAGCAUCUAUGGGACAUCCUUUGAUACACCUUUUGAUGUUUGUUACGGUUCAAAAGCUUCUCCAAUCGAGGACCUAACGGAUUGCUGCCAUACAAUGCCUCAAUACUCCUACGUGGAUGGUGAUGGAACUGUUCCAGCUGAAUCAGCCAUGGCUGAUAAUUUUGAAGCAGUGGAAAGAGUAGGAGUUCAGGCUGGUCACAGGGAACUAUUAAGAGAUGAGACAGUUUUCGAGCUUAUCAAGAUGUGGCUUGGCGUAUCCAAUAAACAGAAGGUGCAUUCCAGGACCUCUAGGGUGAUGGACCUUUAUUCUGGUCAAAACUUGUAAACACAAUGUUUUACUCAUUCUUAGAGCAUGUUCCGUAUUUCUUGUCUCUCAUUUUUAAUUUAUCAUAGUUAAUAAGUAUAUACACGUACAUUCUUCGAGAAUGUAGAAAAUAGCUUCUGCAUGAAUCAUCGUUUAUAGUAGCAAUAUGUAUUAGGCAGUCCAGAAAAUUCGAAAAAUCGAGCCGACACUUGCUGUAAGAAUAACGUUAUUAGUGUAUAUAUACACAAAAAUCCAGAUGUUUUAUCUUUCUUUUCCUUUA